AUGCCAAGAAUUCCAGUCAACCCGCCAAAGGAGUUUGAGAAAGUAAGGACCUUUCUGGAAAAUAUGGAGGCUGAGAUGCGAAAGGCUGAAAAUGCACCUACUGUUCCAAAUCCUCCAGAAAACUACUGGCCCAUAUUCCAGCUCCAUCAUCAGAGGUCUAGACACAUAUAUAAUCUUAAGAAAAAAGGUGAGAUCAGUAAUGAAUUGUAUAGAUAUCUUUCCCUAAAUCAGUUUGUGGACCAUGAGCUGGUUUGCUACUGGGAAAGAGAAGGAUACGAGGGCCUGUGCUGCCUCAGGUGUGUUCAGCCUAUAGACAGUAAGCACGGAAAUGUAUGCAUAUGUCGAGUGCCGCAGAGAAACAUCGAUGUUAAUAAGGCCAUAAAGUGUGACAACUGCGGCUGCAGAGGGUGUUCUGGAUACUAA